AUGUCCACAGUAGAGCUACAGGCAAAUGAAGCUGAAAUAGUAGCACGCUCAUUGGUAGCCAUCGUGGACAUUGGUUCCAAUGGAAUCAGGUUUUCUGUGUCUUCCACCGCCUCCCAUCAUGCCAGAAUUAUGCCUUGUGUCUUCAAGGACAGAUUGGGUAUUUCACUGUUCGACGCCCAACUCGACAAGGGCUCUGCCAGUUCUAUCAGCACACGUAAGCCGAUACCCCAGGAAGCAAUCACUGAGAUCUGUUUGGCCAUGAAACGAUUCCAGUUGAUUUGUGAGGAUUUUGGAGUUUCAAAUGAUAACGUGAAGAUAGUUGCAACAGAAGCAACUAGGGAAGCCCCAAACUCUAAAGAAUUCAGGGACGCAAUUGCGAAGACCACAGGAUGGGAAGUUGAAUUGCUUUCAAAGGAAGACGAGGGCCGAUGCGGUGCUUUCGGCGUUGCCUCCUCAUUCCAUAAUAUCUCUGGUAUCUUCAUGGAUGUGGGGGGAGGAUCUACUCAGCUGAGCUGGGUAUCCACAGUCAAUGGGGAUGUCAGACUUGCUGAAUACCCUAUAUCUCUACCUUAUGGGGCUGCUGCCCUUACUCAGCGAUUAUUAUAUGAAGAUGAAAGAGAGGUUUAUGAAGAGGUUCGUCAGGCUUAUGAAUUAGCGUUGGAGAAGAUAAAAAUUCCUACAGAGCUCAUCGAAGAAGCUGAAAAAAAUGGCGGAUUUAAUUUGUAUACUUGCGGCGGAGGAUUCCGCGGUGUGGGACAUCUUCUUCUUCAUGAAGACCCAAACUAUCCAAUUCAAACGAUCAUCAAUGGUUACACAACUGGCUUCAAGAAAGUCGAAUUGUUGGCGAACUACCUUUUGUUGAAGAAAGAAGUUCCAAACUUCAGUGAAGGAAGCCCAAAGAUUUUCAGAGUUUCAGAAAGACGAAAACAACAGCUCCCUGCUGUUGGACUACUGAUGAGUGCAGCAUUCCAAGUGUUACCAAAAAUUAGAACUGUCAGUUUCAGUGAAGGCGGUGUACGUGAGGGUGUAUUGUACAGUAGAAUCUCACCAUCUAUAAGAUCUGAAGAUCCCCUUUUGACUGCCACUCGUCCUUAUGCUCCCCUUUUGUCUGAGCAAUACAGGAAACUUCUUCUCGGUGCACUUCCAGAGGAAGUCCCCUCCGAGAUCACCCAGACGAUAGUACCUGCUCUUUGCAACAUUGCAUUUGUCCACUGUUCAUAUCCUAAAGAGUUGCAACCAACAGCAGCGCUCCACAUGGCUACCUCUGGUAUUAUCGCUGGAACUCAUGGCCUUUCUCACAAAGUGCGUGCUCUAAUAGGCCUAGCAUGUUGUGAACGUUGGGGGUUUGAUCUUCCUGAAUCAGAAGAAGUUUUUUACGGCAAACUAGAAAAAUUGGUUAUUCAAUCAGAUCCAAAUGACGGUGAAAGGUUACUAUACUGGACAAAAUAUUGUGGAAAAAUAAUGUUUGUUAUUUGCGGAGUACAUCCCGGAGGAAACAUACGUCCAGGUGUUAUAGACUUCAACGUAAUACCGCGGGCAGAAGCAAACAAGACCAACACGGCUGUUCAAGUGGGAAUGUCAGCCAAUGAUGUCAAAUCGAGUUACACUGUUAAGAACAGAAUUGCCAGUUUACAACGAAAAAUCAAGAAACUGAACAAAUCUUACAAAGGAAAAGACAGAGUUGUGGUAGAGGUUGAGUAUAGAAUGUCAUAG